AUGGGCAGCAACGGCGAUUUCCACGUUUCCACAGGUAUCACUCCUCCAAAGGGACCUGUCUCAUACUCGACAUACAAAUCUCCCUAUGGACCUAAAUACAAGAUUCAACCAAACAUCGCCGGAUGGACCCCAAAGGCAGCUUCCAAGGUUGGCCUUACUUUAGCUGGAUUCGGUGCUACAGCUGGAUUCUUCGCCCUUUUCUUCUUCUCCGACAUCCCUAGAGUACGAAACGACAUUAUGGUUAAAAUCCCAAUUAUUGGUGACCGCUGGAGAAAGGAAGUCCCUGCAUCCGACAACCCUUUUUAA